CCCCAGUCCCGGGCGAGCCAGCUUGGAGCUGCGCACCGCCGCCGCCACGGGCCGCGAUGCGCAGAGGGUCCCCGCCGCCCCGGGGCCGCCGCGCCGCACCAUGAAGCUCCGCAGUAAGGCGGCAGCGCUGCUUCUCCUGGCGCUGGCCGUGCUGCUGCUGGCGCUGCUGUCCUUGCGCACCCGCCGCGACCCGGAGCCCCCUGGGUUCCCCGCGCUUCCCGAGGCUGCCCCUCAGCGCCGCCACGCGCCAGUCCCCACGCGCCCUCCGGAGCCCCACGCCUUCCCCGGGGUCGCCGGCCGACGCUCCCCUAGGCGCCGGCCCCCGCGUCCGCGCCCCCGAGCCGGCCGCCCGCGCGCCGCCAGCCGCGAGAAGUUGGCGAGGAGGCCUGGGGAAGCGAGGAACUUGCACCCUGUGCCACCCGAGCUCUGGAUUCACCUGGCUGUGGUGGCCUGCGGCAACCGGUUGGAGGAGACGCUGGUCAUGCUCAAGUCAGCCGUGCUCUUCAGCCACAGGAAGAUUUGCUUUCACAUCUUCACGGAAGACGCGCUCAAGCCGGAGUUUGAUAAGCAGUUGCGCCAGUGGCCCGACUCAUAUACAAAGAAGUUUGAGCACAGAAUCUACCCCAUCACAUUUUCCGUUGGAAACCCCCAGGAAUGGAAGAAAUUAUUCAAACCCUGUGCCGCCCAGAGGCUCUUCCUUCCGGUGAUCUUAAAGGAUGUGGACUCGCUUCUCUACGUGGACACAGAUGUCCUCUUUCUGAGGCCCGUGGAUGAUAUCUGGAAGCUUCUGAGACAGUUCAACUCCACCCAGCUUGCCGCCAUGGCCCCAGAGCAUGAAAUCCCCAAGAUUGGCUGGUACAGCCGCUUUGCCCGCCAUCCUUUCUACGGCUCUACAGGGGUUAAUUCAGGGGUCAUGCUCAUGAACUUAACUCGCAUCAGAAGUAUGCAGUUCAAGAACAGCCUGAUUCCAACAGGCCUGGCUUGGGAGGACAUGCUGCUCCCGCUGUACCAGAAGUACAAGAAUGCCAUCACGUGGGGAGACCAGGAUUUAUUAAAUAUUAUUUUUUAUUUCAACCCAGAGUGUCUCUAUGUGUUCCCCUGCCAGUGGAACUACCGCCCUGAUCACUGCAUGUAUGGAAGCAACUGCAAAGAGGCUGAGCGAGAAGGUGUGUCUGUUCUGCACGGCAACCGAGGUGUCUACCAUGACGAUAAGCAGCCCACUUUCCGAGCCCUCUAUGAAGCAAUCCGGGAUUUUCCCUUUCAAGACAAUCUGUUCCAAUCCAUGUACUACCCUCUCCAGCUGAAGUUUUUGGAGACAGUGCACACGCUGUGUGGACGGAUCCCCCAGGUCUUUCUGAAGCAGAUUGAGAAAACGAUGAAAAGGGCUUACGAGAAGCACGUCAUCAUCCACAUGGGCCCCAACUCCAUAAGCUGAGUGCCCCCCUUGCUCUGAGUCAGCCUGGCAUCUGUGACUGAGGACAUGGAUCAUACGCUGCCCGGAUAUUUGUGUGUGGGCAUAUUUACUGGUGCUCUGUGACUGCUGAGGUUCAAAUGCCUGGUUACAUUGUGCUUGAGUUGUUUAUCCCUAAAAGGGAAUGUGCUUUUCUUUAUUAUUUUUAAAUACUAUUUAUCUUUUUUUUAAAAAAGUUAUUAUCAUGAAUUUAAAACAUUGUCUCAUUGGAUUGAGAAAGAAAAGGGAACUUUUCCUAGCCCUCAAAUAUGAGACCCUGUCAGUGUAUGCAGGAUGAUAAUUAUCUGAUAUUCUUUAGAAUCUUCCUAUGCAACUUGCUCUCUCACCCCCAUUAAGAAAUAAUGUGUGUUGGGGCUGGCAGGAUGGCUCAGUGGUAACAGCAUGUGCCACCAUGCCUGAUGGCCUGUGUUCCCGAUUCCCUCGAAUCGAGAGGAUUCUAAGAGGAUUGACUCAAGUUAUCCUGACCUUCAUGUGGGCCCACACUCACACCCACAAAUAAAGAAAUGUAAUAUUAAAAAUAACAAUAGGGAUAGCUGGGCAGUGGUGGCGCACACCUUUAAUCCCAGCACUUGGGAGGGAGAGGCAGGUGGAUUUCUGUGAGUUCGAGGCUAGCCUGGUCUACAAGAGCUAGUUCCAGGACAGGCUCCAAAGAAACCCUGUCUCGAAAAACCAAAAAAAAAAAAAAAAAAAGAAAAGAAAAGAAAAAACAAUAGGGGGCUAGAGAGAUGGCUCAGUGGUUAAGAGCACUGACUGUUCUCCUUGAGGAUCCAGGUUCAAUUCCCAGCAUCCACAUGGCAGCUCAAGGCUGUCUGGAAUUCUAGUUCCAGGGGCACUGAAUGCUUUUCCAGAGAACCUGGAUUUCAUUUUUAGUACCCACAUAAUGGCUCACAACCAUCUGUAACUCCAGCUCUAGGGGUCCAGCACCCUCUUUUAUCUUCCACAGCCAAUAGGCACACAGUGUGCACAAAAUAAUAGCUUUUAAAAAUUAAAAUAAUAAUAAUAUGUUAUGAGACAGACAAACUUGGAGAGAAUAAAGGUCAGUGAACCACAGUCAAGAUUAGAUUAGAUGUAAUCCUACCAACCCCUGGAAAAGGUUGUCACCAUUGUAAUGUAUUUCUUUCCAGACUCGUUAAGACUUCCCUGACUUCUGUGUUUCCAUUGUAACACAUUUAAAACGUGCGACCUCGGUAAAGACCAGCCUCUGUGCUAAGGUUUCACAUAGGAGACUAAAAAGCCAGACGAGAUAAUUACAGCACCGCUGUGUCUGGAAGAGGCUUUCAGACCAGCUAAUUGGGGCAGCAUUUCAAGAUGAAGCGUAUGUCUGAGAGUGCAUCCCAGAAGAAUUGCUGCGCUCCAAGGAGGGCGCAAUCAGGAGACAUUUCUAUGCAACAAAAGCCUCGGAGAGAAAGCCCAAGGGAUCUCUUUAGCAAAGAGGUCUGAUUUUGUAUUUCUCCACGGACAAGAGCACUUGACCGAACUUCUGCGCAGUGGGUAGAAAUCAAAGGACAAGUUCAGGCUUUUGAGGGGGCUUUCCUUGUUGUUGUUUUAAUUGUAUUUUUAACUGUGUGUCUGUGUCUGUGUACGGGCAUGUAAGUGCAGGUGCCUGUGGAUACCAGAGCAGGAGGGCAUUAAAUCCCUUUGAGCUUGAAUUACAAGUGGUGAGCCUCCUGACACGGGUGCUGGGCACUGAGCGUGGGUCUUCUGCAAGAGCAACAAGUGCUCUUACCCACUGAACUAUCUCCCCAGCCCUUGCUUUGUUUUCUUUUGUAUUUUUA